GUGUGUCUUCUGCUAGAUUAUUGACACCACAGCAGGCAGAGCAUUAACUUCACCUGAUCUGAAACCUUUAUGAGUGUAUGGAACAUGAACCUGACAACUGCAGAAAAAACAAAUGUGCUUAAACUGCUCAUCCUUCUCAUUAGCCAUUUUAUUGUCUCAAGCCAGUUAACCUGCCGCAGAUCCCGGAAUCACAACUGGCACCCUCAGCCAAGGAACAUCACCUUGAGAUUGUCUCGCAUGGAGAACACCUGCAGGAAUGUGAAUCAGUGCUGGAAUGGUGUUUUGGAAAGUGCACAAAAGCCCUGGAUAAAUCAAACUUACAUAUUUCCUCAAUUAUGCCCCAUAGAGAUCCAGUUGGGAGAUGCACUGUUUGUCUUCACAGACCCAAUCCUAGAGCAUUAUGGAAUAAAUCUUAUUCAUGUAUCAGAAGAAGAAUUUGACAGUUGUUUUAUUGAGCAUGUACAGAAGCAAGACGUUUUUGCCAGCUGCAUGAAUGGUAGCAUGCCUUUGGCCUCAAAGUGCCUUUCAGCUGGGGUUCAUUAUUUUGCUGCUACUCAUAAAGGCAGUAGCCAUUUAUGUCAGCUUGGCCUCCGUUUUAUUGUGCUGGUCAAAGAGCAACACUGUCAGAGUGCUCCACAGCUACACCCGUGUUCAGGAAAAGGUGUUUGUAGGGCAAAAACUGGCCAGCUUGUAUAUGCUUGUCAGUGUCACAAGCCUUUCUCUGGACCAUAUUGUGAAGCUUUGGACAUGUGUUCUGAAGGUCCAUGCUUAAAUGGUGGGACCUGCAUAAGCAAUCUAUCUGCUCAACCAAGUGAGGCUUCUUACCAGUGCUUGUGCCCAUCAGUCUUCACAGGCAUUAACUGCUCUGAAAUUCUUGGCCAAGGCAACUGUAUCAUGCGCUGCAGAGGUGGAGUGUGUCUACCAGUGUCUCCAAACUCCUUUCGAUGUGAAUGCUUCAUUGGACACACAGGCACAUUCUGCACAGAGAUGAAAGGCCCCUGCCGUUCACAGCCCUGUAGGAACAGAGGCAAAUGUGAAGAACAUGGUGAAAAGUACAUUUGCAUGUGCCCAGAAGGCUUCGCUGGUUCCAGUUGUGAAGUGAUGCUGGAACACAACUGCAAAAAGCUCGACUGUCAGCGGGAACAAGCAUAUGGCAUUGUCAAACAUGUGUCAAGGCUGUACUCCAGCAAGAAUAGCUAUGACAGCAUAACUAAAAGAGAGAGCCAGAAGGUGACACAGACACGAGGGAUUCUGGGACAUAAAGUGGCCAGCCACUCCACCAUCAACAAACCUGAAUGCCACAGAGGCUUUACAGUGAAGAACUGUGAAGAUAUAAUCGAUUUUUGCCGGCUGCACUUCGUUAACUGCUAGAAUAAGGGAUCAUGUAUCCACCUAAUUGCUGAAUAUGUCUCCUUUUGUGUUCAGGGCUGGAUGGAGGGACUUUGUCAAUACAAAGGCUGUGCGAUUUACCCAAACCAGUGCUUGAAUGGAACUACAUGCAUCAGCAUGAGUCAGCCAACUGCAACAUGUGCACCUUUUUACAGAUGCACAUGUUCCCCUGGUUACACAGGAUGCCACUGUGAGGGAAAUGAGUGUGAAUCCAGGCUCUGCCAGCUUGGUGGAGCAUUUAGUGACUAUGUUGGGUACUACAAAUGUUCCUGCCCCUCAGGUAGUGCCUUUUGGCCCCACAAUGAUGUGAUAUUUGCCCUCAGCCUCAAUGCCAAUGCCAACUACUAUGUCUAUGCCACCUGGUUUGAUUGGGUAAUUGUCAGUUUCUACCAGAUUACGUCAUUAGUAAUAUAUACAUGUCCUGCAGGGACGCAGUGUGUGGACACCCCUGAGGACCUGCAUUAUACGUGCCUCAGACCAUGUCCCCACAGCUUACAGGUGUGCAGCAAUGGGGGAUGGUGUUUCAUCAACAGUACCGGCAAUUACAGCUGUAUUUGUGCACCAGGUUGGACAGGACCAAACUCUUCGGUCAACAUUAAUGACUGUACUCAGCGUUGGUGUCAGAAUGCAGCUACUUGUGUGGAUGGAGUUGCCAGGUACAGUUGUCAGUGUGAACAUGGAUACACAGGCGUCUACUGCAAGCUUGACACUGACUAUUGCAUUAGGCAUCAGUGCUCAGAAGACGGCGUGUGCGUGGACCAGCAGCACAACUACAGCUACCAGUGCCAGCCAGGAUGCACAGGAGUGCUGUGCGAGAUCAAGACAGAUGAAUGCAAGAGUUCCCCAUGUGGUAAUGGUGCCACCUGCAUGGAUAUUGUUGCCAGUUAUCGGUGUCUAUGUACUGCUGGAUUCAAAGAGGAAGUUGCUGUACCCGCUGGCCUCAUCGGGGACAUCGCUUCUUCAUUUGGCCUCGCAGAGGAUUUCAUUCUUCUGUCUGGCUUUAUGGACUAUGUUGUGCCCUCUCCCCAGGGUCGAGUUGAGGAAGCUAGAGGCAAAGAUGAGAGCAGAAUGAUCUUGAGAAAAAAAAUGACUGGUUUCUGCAUUAAAAAUUCCACCUGUGUUGACCUACCGGGGGAUUAUGUAUGCGUCUGCCCCAAGGGAUUCGCCGGUGAUAACUGUAAGAAUGCUGUUACUGACUGCACAUCACUGAAUGAAGCUUGUCAAAAUAACGGCACUUGCUAUAUAGAGAAUGGAGACUUUCACUGCAGAUGCCCACAAGGGGUAACUGGUCAAUUUUGUGAGAUCAACAUUGAUGACUGUGCCAGUAAGCCUUGUGGAACAGUCAGCAUCUGCAAAGAUGGCAUCGAUGCCUACCACUGUUUCUGCGCACCUGGAUUUAUUGGUGUUAACUGUGAGAUUGAAGUAAAUGAGUGUUUAAGUCAGCCCUGUAAAAAUGGAGCAAGUUGCUUGGAUGAACUCGACUCCUACAGAUGUGUGUGUCCAGAUGGAACCACAGGCACUUUAUGUGAAACAGACAUCAAUGAAUGCCUGUCAUCUCCAUGUCUGCACGAAGGCAAAUGUCUGGAUCUCACCAAUGGGUUCAUAUGCAUUUGUCCUCCUGGCUUCACCGGACCUGUGUGCGAGGUGGAUAUUGACAAGUGCAGCUCUUCUCCUUGCAAGAAUGAAGCCACUUGCCGAGAGCAGCCUGGUAAUUACCAGUGCCAAUGUGUAGAUCUAUUUAAAGGUGUACACUGCAAAAUCCUACCAUGUGAAGUGAAUAAUCCGUGUGAGAAUGGGGCUGAGUGUGUGGAAGAAACUGACUUGGACCUCUUCCCUUUGGGAUUCCAGUGCCGCUGCCUCCGAGGCUUCACCGGCCCCCACUGCGAGCUCAGCAUUGACGAGUGCAACUCUAACCCCUGCAUCCAUGGCUUCUGCUAUGAUGCUGUGGAUGGCUUUUACUGCCUUUGUAACCUGGGUUAUGCUGGAGUGAGGUGCGAGCAGGACAUAAACGACUGCGUUAGCAAUGUGUGUGAGAACAACGCAACUUGUGUCGACUUCCAUCUGAGUUACCAGUGUGUCUGUGACCUGGGCUGGGAGGGCAGGUUUUGCGAGAGGGAGACAAAUGAGUGUGCAUCAAACCCGUGCAAAAAUAAUAGCACCUGUACAGACCUGUUCAACUCCUACAGAUGCACAUGUCCUCGUGGCUGGACUGGUCCAGACUGUGGAGAGGAUGUGAAAGGUUGUAUCUCAUCUCCUUGCUUUAAUGGGGCCCUGUGUGUAGAAUCAGAUGACCCCAGCAAGUUCUCCUGCACCUGCCCUCCCUUCUUCACCGGCUCCCUCUGCACACUGCCCUACAACCCCUGUGACGUGAAGAACAACCCCUGCAUGAACAACUCCACCUGCCGAUCCAGACCAGAUGGCUCAGCCAAGUGUCUCUGCCCUGCAGGGAUUGAGGGAUCUCGCUGUGAUAUUGACACCAACGAGUGUGGCUCCAGCCCAUGCCAAAACCAUGGCCAUUGUGUGGACAUGGUCAACAAUUACUACUGUAACUGUAAACCUGGAUUCUCGGGUCAGCACUGUGAGGAAGACAUCAACGAAUGUGCAUCCAACCCAUGUCAAAACCAUGGCGUCUGCCAAGACCUAGUGAACAGCUUCCGAUGCUCCUGCCUGCCUGGAACGAGUGGGCCUUUGUGUAAUCUGGAAGUGAAACAGUGUGAAUCCUCGCCUUGCCUCCAUGACGGUGUGUGUGUCAACAAGCCCAGAGGUUUUGUGUGUGUGUGCCAGCCUGGAUACACUGGCACACGGUGUGAGCUGAACGUGGAUGAGUGCACCUCGAAUCCGUGCCAAAAUGGUGGGAGUUGUGUUGAUGGCCUCGGUGGCUACCACUGCCUCUGUUCCAGUGGCUUUACUGGCUCUGACUGUGUGAGCAACAUUGACGAAUGUGCCUCAGACCCCUGUGUUCAUGGCAGCUGUUCAGACGGCAUCGACGCAUAUGACUGUCAAUGUGAAAAUGGAUGGAGUGGCCGCAGAUGUGAGACUAAUAUGGACGAAUGUGCCUCCCGGCCUUGUUUGAAUGCUGGCUUCUGCGUGGACCUCGUGGACAAAUUUGCCUGCAUAUGCACCAAAGGCUACAGCGGGACACAAUGUGAAGUCGACUUGGAUGCGUGCCUGGAUAUGUCUGAGAAUUUCUCUCACUGUUUUAAUGGUGGAACUUGUCUGGAUGGCCCUGGAUACAGUUUUACAUGCAGAUGUCCAGCAGGCUUUGCUGGGGAUUUCUGCGAGCUGGAUGUGAACGAGUGCUGCUCAAAGCCAUGCUUACACGGCGGCAUCUGCCAAGACCUCAUCAAUGGGUACCAGUGCCACUGCCGACCUGGUUGGACAGGCCUUCGCUGUGAGGAUGACAUUAAUGAGUGCCUGCCGCAGCCAUGCAACCAGGGGAUGUGCAUCCAGAACGAACCGGGCCACGGCUACUCCUGUUUCUGUCAGCCGGGAUUUGUGGGUAGAAACUGUGAGUAUAAUUAUAAUGACUGCUUGCUGUGGCCGUGUCCCGAUGGCUUCACCUGCGUGGACGGCGUCAACAGUGUGAGCUGUGUUGCCGUGGAGACCAAUGUGACCUCAGCACCUGCUUGGCGAUUUGGUUUGCUUUACAAAAGCACAGAUUUCUCCACUAUUUCUCACAAUUUCUUUUCAUUUCUCUGGCUUUCUCUAGAUAUCACCUAUGGGAGAUAUUCUGGCACUUCAUUCCUGGAGUUUGAGGGCAUUAAUCUCAGUGCUGUGAGUAAUAUCACAGUAAGGGUUCAGACUCGCUCAGUGAAUGGAACACUCCUGUAUGUCGACCAAGGAGCUGGCUUCUUUUUUAUCAAGCUCUACCUUAACAAUGGAAUUUUAAAGUAUGACUUUUCCUGCAGCCAAGAAGAGGGGAUUCAUAGCAUUAAUACCAAAGGACAGGUCAAUGAUGGCAAAGAGUAUGUGGUACACAUGAGACAGUAUCUUGCUCCGUGUGAAGCAGAGGUUGCUGUGUCUGGCUUUCAACAUACUCAAAGCAAUCCAAUCAAUUACUGGUCAGAAGUAACUUUACACACUACUGGCCAUGUUUUUGUAGGAGGUUUGCCUCUCACUUACUCUUCAUAUGAGGGAGCUCAGCCUUUAUACAACUACACUGGCUGUAUUGAAAUAAUUGAAAUUAAUAAGCUCAGAGGAUUUCACACUUCCAAUGCCAUUGCUGGGAACAACAUUGAAAACUGCAAGUCUUUCAGGCACCAGGACAGUCUGGCGGACGCUGUUGUACCCUCUGAUGCAUUCAGUCCCCCUAGAGGAGCAGGCAGCAUCAAUCUUCUGCCAACCAUGCCCUCAUUGGCAUGCUCUGAUGGGCCAUGUCUCAAUGGUGGCAUGUGUCAUCCUCUGUCCAUGCCAAGUGGUGCUACAGCAUUCUUCUGUAACUGCCCUCUCCAUUACACCGGCCGUCUGUGUGAGAAAGAAAUCUCUAUUUUAUUCCCAUUAUUUAGUGGGUCUUCAUACCUGGAGCUUCAGCCCUUUACAAAACUGUAUACAAGCUCUGAAACCACCAUGUCUUCUGGAGACACAGUUAGCAUUUAUCUAACUGUGAACACGAAGAGUCCCAAUGGAAUUAUACUUUACACUGAGGAGCAGAAGUUUGGGGGUCGUUUUCUCCAUCUGUUCCUUCAGGAUGGAUAUCCAGGUGCCAGAUUGGGAUGCAGUGGCAGUGAUGUUUUGAAAGUCCUUUCCAGUCAGAUAAUUGAAAAUAACACUGUGGUGCCAAUAAUAGUGAGAUAUCGGUUGCCUGUCAGCCGAGACGGAGGGUUGUGCAUGAUUGAAAUAGCCGUGGCUAAUGGAACUGCUAAUCGAUCACAGAAAUAUGUAUCUGAACCCUCGUCUGAGGUUGUGUUUGGACCCACUUUCCUGGGUAGUGUGCCAUUUCCUUCCAAGCUGCAUGGCAGCGUAGACAAUGUCUCUGGCUUUGUGGGUUGCAUCAUGGAGCUUCAGGUCAACUCUAGAGAAUUACACAUAAUGGAAGAGGCCCAUCAAGGCCAACACAUCCACAACUGUGAUACAGCAAAGUGUCAACACCAACCAUGCCGAAACGGAGGCACCUGCAUCAGUGAUGCAGAGACCUGGGUCUGUGUGUGUCCCCUGCUCUACUCAGGCAAGCUGUGUCAGUUCAGUGCCUGUGAACGCAACCCAUGUGCCCACGGCGCCACCUGCGUUCCCAAGAGCCCGUUGGAGGCAGUGUGUCUGUGUCCACAUGGAAGGCAAGGCCUCCUGUGUGACAAAGCCAUCAAAAUUACUCGACCCAGAUUUAGUGGACUUGAUGAGUUUGGAUACUCGUCCUACAUGGCGUACCCACCUAUUUCCAGCAUGAGCUACUUCUAUGAGUUCCGGCUGAAACUGACAUUUUCCAAUAACAGCACCGCCAUGAAGAAUAACCUUAUUCUCUUCUCUGGACAGAAAGGACAAGAGAUGACUGGAGAUGACUUCUUUGCCUUGGGGGUGAGAAACAGACGAAUCAUCCAUAGGUUCAACCUCGGUUCCGGGCUGGCUACCAUCGUCAGUGACCCCUUAAACCCGAGGGUCAGAAUACACACUGUGCACUUUGGACGAUAUCUAAGGAAAGGAUGGAUGAAGGUUGAUGGGCAAAGGAACAAGACGGGGUCGAGUCCCGGUAUUCUGGAAGCUUUGACCACCUUUAGUCCACUCUACGUGGGCGGCUUCGGCGAACAUAUCCCUGAGAUGCUGCCUUUAGGCGCCCGAUUCAAUAAUAGCUUUCAAGGUUGCAUUUUCGAUGUGCAAUUCCGGACCAGACGUGACAGGAAGUUCCACACACUGGACAGGCCAGAAAUUCAGCCUGUAUCUUCCCGCAGUGUGGGUCAGUGUGGGGUCUCUCCAUGUAGUCUGCUUUCUUGUCACAAUGGAGGCACGUGUGUCGACUCUGGAUCCUCUGUGUACUGCCAGUGUGGGUUUGGAUGGAAAGGUGCUCUCUGCUCUGAGAGAGUGUCCUUCUGUGAUUUGGAACACAUCCCGCCUCCCUCAUGUGCCCGUGGUUCUACAUGUGUUCCGCUUCCUGAAGGCUACAGCUGUCAGUGUUCCCUGGGCACCGGCGGACAGUUCUGCCAGGAAGCUCUGUCCAUCAGCGACCCAUUUUUUGAAGCUAACCAGACCUCCUGGAUGGCUUUUCCCCCCGUACACAUGAGACACAGAACACACCUUCUACUGCAGUUCAAGACGAUUUCACUGGAAGGCAUCCUGUUCUACACAGCACAGUAUCCGAGCGCUCGAGCCGGUGACUUCAUCAGUCUCUCUGUGUCUGGAGGAUUUGUACAACUCCGCUAUAAUCUUGGUGACACAACAAUUGUUCUACAGUCUCCAAACAGAGUGGACCUGCUAGGUAGCACAUGGCACACAGUGAAAGCUGGGAGAGAGGGAAACCAAGGCUAUCUGGUUCUAGAUGAGCACAGUGUCAUUCGUAACACCUCUAAGGGCAUGACUACUCUGGAUCUCUCCACUGAAGUUUUCAUUGGCGGUGUGUCUGUCAUGAAUUCUGUUUCCCCAGAUGCAGUGGAGAAAGAGCCAAUUGGCUUCAGCGGGAGUAUUCGCGAGGUUAUCAUCAAUGGUCAUGAGCUUGAGCUCACAGAGAGAGGGGCUCUACGAGGGGUGAACGUGAAGGAUUGGGAUGGUACACAGUGUGGGUAUAAAGUGUGUAGGAAUGGGGGUUACUGCCAAGCAGACAGCCAUGAUUCGGUCAUUUGCAUUUGCCCUGCAGAAUGGACGGGCUCAUACUGUGAGCAAUCUAUUUUUUGCAUAGGUGCUCUCUGCCAACACGGUUCUCUUUGCAUUCCAAACAUUACAUCAGCCACAUAUUCCUGCAUGUGUGGCCUCGGAUGGCAAGGAACCUACUGCGAGCAGCGAGUGUCCAUGAGAACCAUUCACUUUGUUGGGAAUUCAUAUUUAAAACACAGAGACCCAAAGUACAACAUGAGAGAUUUGAUGCAUACGCACUUAUCAUUUAAUCUCUCAGCGAGCUCAGGAAAUGGACUGAUUCUGUGGAUGGGCCAGGCAGAGAGUGAAGAUGAUGAUUAUCUUGCUGUGGGACUUCAAGACUGUCAUCUGAAAAUUGCGGUCAACCUUGGUGAGAAGAUUGCCGUUCCUCUCAUUUCCCGAAACACAACCCUGUGCCACGACGAAUGGAAUUACGUAUCUAUUACUCUCAAUCACACUGUCAUCCAAGCUUAUGUUAAUGAAAAGAAGGUUAUUUUUGAAGAUAUAGACCCCUUUGAGCACUAUGUUUCCAUUAACUAUGGAGGUGUUUAUUAUUUCGGAGGCUUUGAACUGAACAGAGAUGUAGGAUGGGUUACGUCUGGUCUAUUUACAGCAGGGUUUGUAGGGAGUGUCAAAGAUGUUCUGUUAUAUCAUGACACAAGUUUAAAGCAGCUUCUAGAAAUGUCUGAGGGCUUUAAUGUUUUUCAACCAGAGGAUAAAUAAAGAGUGUGUUUUUUUAAGAUAAUAAUAGUAAUAUAUCAGCAAUAUAAUAGCAGCUGAUUUAUCUAGUAGAACUUGUGGAGUUUGUGGAGAUCUGACCAUCACACAUAUGUGCUUUCUGAGCAUCGCGUCCCAGAUUUAGUCCCCCUCUGCUGUUAUAAUAACCUCCACUCUUCUGGGAAGGCUUUGGAUUAGAUUUUGUAAUUUGUAAUUAUGUCACAAGAGUAUUAGUGAGGUCAGGCACUGAGGCCUGGUGUGCAGUCUCUCUUCCACUUCAUCCCAAAGGUGUGGAUGAGGUCAGGGCUUUGUGCAGGCCACUUGAGUUCUUGUUUCUAUGCACCUUGCUUCAGUCAAGUGAAAUUGUGAUGCUACAGAAUACAGAGUCAUCCUGUGCUUCCAACUGUGUUUGGGAAAGACAUAUGCAAGUGAAGGUCAGGUGUCCACAUACUUUUAGUAACACAGUGUACUAUGUAAGUGUAUUUUGUAGAUAUGUUUUGUGCAUUUUGUAGAUAUACAGCUAGUGAUCUGUUUCGAUGCACAUGAAAAGAGAAAGAGAUAGAAAAUACAUGAUAAAAAGAGAACACUGUAGACCCCCACUGGCUGAAUAUUAUUUGUCUGGAUACCAAUUCUCAGUACUGACACUGACAUGGCAGUGUGUGUCAUGCUGGUGGAAUAGGAAUGGAACAGGCACAGCAGUGUUGCUGGGUUUUUUUUACACCUCAGUGGCACGGUCGGUUUAAGAAAAAGGCCACCAACCAAAAGUAUCCAGCCAGCAUCAAUGACUUGUAAUUUCUAACUGUACACAGUGUAGGUGUGUGUUAUAUGAUUAAACAGUACUCAAAAAACAUCAACACUUAAUGUAUUACUGUAUGUCAGCACAUAAUACAUUGCUGUACUGGGAAUGUUAAAAUAAAUAAUAUCUGGUCUGUGGUGGUCAGUUUCUACUGAUGAAUAGGGUACAACUAGAUAGAACUGAUGAGGCAUAUCUCAAUUAGCAACCAAGUGUAUGGUAUAAAGUUUUACUGAAAACGUUGUUUAUUGGCUUGUUUGUUAAAAAUGGAUUGCUUUUAAAAUUGUCUUUAACCCAUUCAUUUAUCCAUAUUAGAAGGUAAGGUUCAUGUGGUACUUGUUUUCAUGGAUCUCCAAAAUAAGAAAUAAAUACUUAAAUAUCUUCUAUCUAUCCUACUCAUUCUCCAGAUAUUAUGCUUUUGGACCAAAGACAAUCCACAGUGAUUAAGGUGUGAGCAUGUCGGAUGUGGUGUACAUGCUUAAUAGAAAGUUUAAGUAAUUCAUUGGUAAAGUCAGACUUUAUUCAUAUUCCAGUUGUUUAAUU